UUCUCACGUUGUCAUCUCCAUUUUCCCGAGAGAGAGAGAGAGAGAGAUCUUAGAGAGAAAGGGAGCACAAAUGGUGGUGGAGCGAGACAUAGACGAUCUGCCGAAGAACGAGGCGAACCACACGGCAUUAACGCCGCUGUGGUUUCUGGAGAGAGCAGCUGUGGUGCACCCCACCAGGAAAUCGGUGGUCCAUGGAUCUCGUCACUACACGUGGCUCCAGACUUACCAGCGCUGCCGUCGUGUGGCCUCCGCCCUCAACAACCACUCCGUCGGCCUCGGUUCCACGGUAUCAAUAAUUGCACCAAAUGUUCCAGCCCUUUAUGAAGCACAUUUUGGAAUUCCAAUGGCAGGAGCUGUGUUAAACACUGUCAAUGUCCGUCUAAAUGCAUCGACCGUUGCUUUCCUUCUUGGUCAUUCAUCAUCUGUAGUUGUGAUGGUGGAUCAAGAAUUUUUCACCUUAGCUGAGGAGGCUUUGAAGAUUUGGGCAGAGAAAAGCAAAGGCCAAUACAAGCCUCCACUCUUAAUUGUCAUAGGUGAUGAAAGCUUGGAUCCUAAGGGACUCAAAUAUGCUCUGGGAAGAGGCGCCAUUGAAUAUGAGAAAUUCUUGGAAACUGGUGACCCUGAGUAUGCCUGGCAACCACCAAAGGAUGAGUGGCAGAGUAUUGCUUUGGGUUAUACUUCCGGAACAACAGCCAGCCCUAAGGGGGUGGUGUUGCACCAUCGUGGGGCUUAUUUGAUGUCUUUAAGUGGUGGUCUUGUCUGGGGGAUGAAUGAAGGAGCUGUAUAUCUUUGGACUCUACCCAUGUUCCAUUGCAAUGGUUGGUGUUACACUUGGGCACUUGCAGCUUUUUGUGGGACAAACAUAUGCCUUCGACAGGUUACAGCCAAGGCAGUCUAUUCAGCAAUACACAAGUAUGCUGUGACUCACUUUUGUGCUGCACCCGUGGUGCUCAACACCAUUGUCAAUGCUCCAGAAGACGAUACCAUCCUUCCUCUCCCUCAUGUUGUACACGUAAUGACAGCUGGUGCUGCUCCUCCACCUUCUGUUCUCUUUGCAAUGUCCCAAAGGGGGUUCAAAGUCACCCACACUUAUGGUCUAUCCGAAACUUAUGGCCCCGCCACAGUAUGUGCAUGGAAGCCUGAGUGGGACUCCCUUCCCCCUGAAACCCAAGCUCGGUUAAAUGCGCGUCAAGGUGUUCGGUACAUUGGUUUGGAGAGAGCAGAUGUUCUGAACCCUCGCACUAUGGAACCUGUUCCUGCAGAUGGAAAAACUGUGGGAGAGAUAAUGAUGCGGGGAAAUCUUGUAAUGAAGGGUUAUUUAAAGAACCCGAAGGCAAAUGAGGAAACUUUUGCAAACGGGUGGUUUCAUUCUGGUGAUCUUGCCGUGAAACAUCCAGAUUCAUACAUAGAAAUCAAAGACAGAUCAAAGGACAUUAUCAUAUCGGGAGGUGAGAAUAUCAGUAGUGUGGAGGUAGAGAACAUUCUAUAUCAACACCCAGCCAUAUUGGAGGUAUCAGUGGUUGCAAGGCCAGAUGAGAAGUGGGGAGAGACUCCUUGUGCUUUUGUGACAUUGAAGCAAAGCGUUAAUAAGUCCGAUGAAAAGCGUGUGGCAGAAGAUAUAAUGAAGUUCUGCCGGGAAAAGAUGCCGGCUUAUUGGGUUCCCAAAUCUGUCUUGUUCGGACCAUUACCAAAGACAGCUACUGGGAAGAUACAGAAGCAUUUGCUGAGGACAAAAGCCAAAGAGUUGGGACCUGUCAAGAUGGUGAGCAAGUUAUAAAUGUAUGAUGUUUCUCAUUGUACAAAAACCAAUAAGAGCUUGCGGCAUAUUUAGUUGUGUCAAUGUCAAAAUUGGUUCACUUGGACUACAUGAAAUGGAUAUUUUCAGGAUGGUUCAUGGGACUUGAAGUAUAUACAGAUUAUGUUGAAUGGUUCUGCAAUAAUUCAAAUCGAUGUUAGUGUGCA